GCAGCAGUUCCCAGUGAAAGGAGGCGGAGGAAGGAAUGCAGCAGGAUGCUUAUUAUUAUGGCUGUCAAACCCAGUGGCAAUUAGAUAAAACGUCCAUUUUCAUGUGAUAUUGACGCGGAUGGCGAGCACCAUGUCCGCAGCAGCCGUCGCGGUAUGGCUUUGUGCGGUUUACAUUGCACAUGCCUAUGAUGCAAAACGAAGUGCUUUACAUGAGAGAAAUGUCCACAUGGAGCGAUCCAUGGGCUUGAAGCAGAGAACAGCCUUGUACAGAGAUGUGGUCACCAUCUUGUCGAGGUCUCACGCAGACCGCAACGUCUACCCAUCUGCAGGAGUGCUGUUUGUCCAUGUUCUGGAAAGAGAGUACUUCAAAGGAGAGUUUCCUCCCUACCCAAAAUCAGGUGAUGCCAGCAAUGACCCAAUCACUUUCAACACCAACCUGAUGGGCUACCCCGACAGGCCAGGGUGGCUGCGUUACAUCCAGAGAACACCGCACAGCGACGGAGUGCUCUACGGCUCCCCCACUGCAGAGCAUGUUGGCAAGCCCACAGUCAUAGAGAUUACUGCCUAUAACAGACGCACUUUCGAGACGGCACGGCACAACUUGGUCAUAAACAUCAUGGCCACAGAAGAGUUCCCUCUGCCCUACCAGGCGGAGUUUUACAUCAAAAACAUGAACGUGGAGGAGAUGCUGGCCAGCGAGGUGCUGGGGGACUUCCUAGGAGCGGUCAAGAACGUGUGGCAGCCUGAGCGCCUCAACGCCAUCAACAUCACCUCAGCACUGGACCGCGGUGGUCGUGUGCCCCUGCCCAUCAAUAACCUCAAAGAGGGAGUGUAUGUGAUGGUUGGUGCUGAUGUUCCCUUCUCGUCGUGCCUCCGGGAGGUGGAAAGCCCACAUAACCAGCUGCGCUGCAGUCAGGAGAUGGAGCCUGUCAUCAGCUGUGACAAGAAGUUCAGAGCUCAGUUUCACAUCGACUGGUGUAAGAUUUCUCUGGUUGACAUCAACAAAGUGGUUCCAGUAUACAUUACCCGUCCUGACCCAGGCACGGGGAUCCUGCCUGAAUUUGGGGAAUACGACCCCCCCUCUGAGUCUCUGAAGAGCCGGGACUACUUUUCCGACUUCCUUAUCACGCUGGCCGUUCCCGCUGCUGUGGCGGUAGUGCUCUUCUUCAUCCUCGGCUACACUAUGUGCUGCCGACGGGAAGGGGUGGAAAAAAGAAACAUGCAAACACCAGACAUCCAGUUGGUUCACCACAGCUCCAUCCAGAAGUCCACCAAGGAGCUGCGGAGCAUGUCUAAGAACCGUGAGAUCUCCUGGCCGCUCUCCACCCUGCCCGUCUUCAACCCAGUCAGCGGUGAGGUGGUACCGCCCAUCCACCCCGACAACUACGAGACCACCAGCAUGCCCCUGAUGCAGACACAGACGAACCUGCAAAACCAGAUUACAAUACCACAGCAACGGCCAUCAGGAGAUAAUUAUGUCAUGUCAACAUUUCGAAGGCUGGAGGUAAAUGGUAUUCCUGAGGAGAGAAAGGUGGCCGAAGCCCUUAAUUUGUGACCACAAAACACCGGUGCCAGAGCUACUUUUGUUUCCAUAUCUUCAUCAUUUUUUUUUACAUUUGUGCCAAUCUGCAUGUCUCAGAAGUGUCUUUACAAAGUUUUAUCGUCCUUAUGCACUUACACCUUGAAGAGUGGCAGUGUGAAAGAGAACAGAAGAGCUUAGCUACUUAUAAAGAUGCAUAAAAGUAUUUUGGAAUAUAUGUGUAAAUGUUUAAACUAUGAUAUUUGUAUUUCUACUUGCUUUGCACAAUGGACCUCUUAGAGGAAAAGGGAGUUUUACAAGGAAAUGCUUUAGUUGUCAUGUGUUAUUCUAUGUCACGUGCCACAUGAUGAUAAUAAAAUAUUUCAAAAUAGUUUGUUUUUACUGUACUUUUGUCCCAAUAAUAAACAAGACACUAGAAAUGUCUGAAUGAUGUGUUUUUUGAAAAAAAAAAAAGCCUAAACGGCACAUUUUA